UUGACACAAAUAAGGGCUAAUUAUAGUUUUCAUUUUACCUCGGCUGCAAAUCUGGGAGAGACGAUGGUGGCGCUGUGCAGCCGGAACUAAAAUGAACAGACAAAAUCUCCCUGUCAAAUGCACCGUGCUUUUUGAUCCUCCUUACCACACUUUGCCACAAAAACACAGAAACAGAAUAACCCAGAGGAGCUUCAGUGUUCCCCGGGCUCUGACUACCAGCUGGCCCACGUACUGACGCUUGGGAUUUUGGAGAGCAGCCCAGAACCUGGAAGUGGAAUGUGAUUGUACUUUGGGAUCCUGGCCAGUAGCCUUUUGUGUGUUUGAAUGCAGAAACCAUCAUCCUCACAGAGAAGCGGUCCCCAGGACAACUACUGGGCUUUCAUCGCUAUUAAUGCUGCAAUUAUUUUGCGGCUUGCAGGUUGAGUGGGAGACAAAAAGGCAAGAGGAAGUUGCAGUUCUCUUUGGAAGGAGCGAUACCCUGCUUUCCCUUUGAUCCAACCUUGUCAGGAGCUGAGAGCAGACAGAAUACAAAUCCUGGAGUGCCAUAUAACGGAAACGGAGAAUAGUUUUGUCAAUUACAGUAGCAACGUGACACACGAUAAUUUUAAUUUCUGAUAAAAGCAUGACUGCUUCCUCCGCCACCAGGGUCUUCGUGUUAUCUCUGGUGUCGAUUCCAGUGUGCUAUCUCUUUAAUUUCUUAUCCACGAACUGCAGCCCCUGGACAAUCCUUCUUGUUGGAUUGUUGAUCUUGAUUUCUGUUGCAAUAAUAGCGUAUUUUCUGGCGAGAAAGAAACCACCAAAGGAUCCUUUAUUCUACCUUUAUGCCGUCUUUGCGUUUACCAGUGUGGUGGACCUUAUUGUUGGACUCGAACAAGAUGGCCUUAUUGAUGGAUUCAUGACACUUCACUUGAAAGAGGGUGAACCAUACCUGAGCACAGGCCAUGGACAUAUGAUUUGCUACUGGGAUGGUUCAGCACAUUACUUAAUGUAUCUCCUGAUGGUAGCAGCUAUCGCCUGGGAGCAGAGUUACAGAACCAUUGGUUUAUACUGGGUUGGAUCGAUUCUGAUGAGUACUUUUGUGUUCUUAUCCGGAAACCUUGUUGGGAAAUACGGCAGCAAACUUGGUCCUGUCAGCCUCCUAAUUAUACCUUACCUUAUCCUUCCCAUGUGGGCUGUUCUGCAGAUUUAUAACCAGCCUCUCAAGAAUGAAUCAGCACCUAAGGCUAUUGAAAUUGUUCAAAAGAAGAACCUGCUACAGAGACCUCUUGAUCUAUUGUUGACCAUUUCCCUCCUCCUUGUGAUUGGGUUCAGCCUGUUCAGAGGAUUGGUGGCUUUGGAUUGUCCUAUCAAGGUGUGUCGACAAUACUUGCAGCUCCAGGAGCCAUACCUGCGAGAUCCUGCAGCCUACCCAAAGAUACAGAUGUUGGUGUACAUGUUUUACUCUGUCCCAUUCUGCAUCAUCACCCUUUAUGGUCUCUUUGUUCCUGGAUGUUCCUGGCUUCCUGACUUGGCACUGCUUCAUGCAGGGGGUCUUGCACAGGCACAAUUCUCACAUAUUGGAGCAUCUCUUCAUUCCAGAACUCCAUAUAUGUACAGAGUACCAGAAGAGGCUCAGCUGGUUUUUCUAAUAACAAAUGGACUCUAUGGCAUUGUACCACAACUACUUGCCUACAGAUGUGUGAAUAACCCUGAGUUUUUCUUGAAGAGGAAAGAAGACCCAAAGACAAAGUAAAACAAAAACUAUCAACUAAAUGUUUUAUUUUUCUGUCCAAGGUUGCAUUAUUUGUUACCCAGAUUCAAUAUUAGAGUAAAUUUCCUAUUAAACAAAUUGUAUUGGUGUUUUGGAAAUGAUUUCUUCUUUUCUAUUUUGGUAUUGGUACUGUAUUAUUCUUCCAAGGUUAUUACUGUGUGAAGUUAUGGAACUGUGUGCAUAAGAAAAAAAUGUGAAAUAAUUACCAAGAGCAAAUGGAUUUUUUUGCUUUGGGACAAACAGUUUCUGGCCUGAGAUAGAUGCCCAAACCAGUCAAUUUCAGUGCUUACUGUGUGUGGUGCAAUUUGUUGAAGUAUCAAUUUUAUACCAUGAUGACCAGACAGGAGCUGAGCAGAAUAUUUUUUAGUAAAUUCACAGUAAUUCACUACUGGCAUUUAUUGCACUUCCCGAAUUGCCCUUGUGAAUGUGGCAAGCUGCCUUCAUGAAUACAAGUGAGUUCCUUCAUAGACCACUUUCAAGGGACAGUUAAGAAUAAACCAGGUUGCUAUCAGCCUGGAGUCACAUGUAGGCCAGACUGGGGAAAAGUAACAAAUUUCUUUCCCUAAAGGAUGUUACUGAGCCAGAUGUACGCUUAUGACAAUCUAGUCAUUACUGAGACUGACUUUUUAUUUCAGCCUUAUUUACUUAAUGAUGGGUUUUGAACUCUGGAUCACUGGUCCAGUAAUGUAACUAGCCUGUGUCCUAACCAAGUUUUAAUGCUGUUAUUUGUUCCGAUUUUGCAUGCUCUUCCUCAAGGGGCUUUGGGAGCAGAUUCAGUUGUAACUGUCUUAAAGGAGAUGGAAAAAUACUAGAACUGAAUAUGUUUGCAGGACAGCAGGGAAAGAUCAAGGUAGUGUUGGACAAACUGAAAGCUCUUUCCAAGAACCAUUCCCAGGUACAAUGGGCUGAUGGAUAUCCAGUCUCAUAAGAUUCUGCAGAUUUCCAGAAGCAGUGCAGGUACUGACACUGCAGUAGCAUUACAUGAGUUAUUGCAAUAAAAUCUACAGUCUUGAGUGUGUGCUGCAUGGUCACUUCUGUGUUAAUUUACACAGUUAAUGCGAAAAUAACUAUCUGUUUACAAAUGCUGAAUUGUAUGGAUAGUCCUUCUUUAUUAAACUGAAUUGAAAUGAUACCUUGUCUAAUAAUUUUCAUCAAAUAUUACACAUUGAUGCAUUAAAUUCUUGAUGUUUUUAAGGUUAUAUGUGGGGCAUUGGACUUCGAGGACCCCCUUAGCUGGGUGUAUUUGGUUGUACAAGUGGUUUAUAUUGUUGCUGCCUUUGGCUAGAAUGAAAUACUAUUAAAGGUUUUUGGCCUGAAUUAA